AAGACAAUCAAUAAUACUGCAUAUGCAUUACGACUGUAUAUGUAAAUACUAUCCAGCUACUCCGCUUUCGACGACAUUUUCGAGAUAAGUUGUUUCAAAAAUGAAAUUAUCACGUCUCCUUCACCAUAGCUGGAUUCUUCUUGUACAUUGCCUGUGGAGAAAUGUAUCAGGGCGUGCCUGCAGUAGGAUUAUCGAGGGAUCAAUGGGCUCAGAGGGUGAGAUAUCUGCACCCCUCUUUCCUUCAAGUUACCCCCGUGAAGACUCCUUCUACACCUGUACGUACAGGCUGAGGAAUAGGAAUCUUACCAGUCUCAGACUGGUCUUCAGUGACUUUCAUCUUGAUGAUGAUAUUGCUGGAGGAUUUAAGAAUGGAACCAGGGAUUAUUUACAGAUUGAUCUUCAUAACAGUCAGACGCCUCGUGUAUACGUGGGUAUCAAUCGUCCCACCAUCAUCCUCAGUUCAUCAGAUGAGAUAACCCUGACACUUGGUGUCCAGGCAAACCAACCCAACAUUUACUCAGAAUUGAGGACGUUCGCUGCACAGUAUUCUUUUAUCACGGAUUCUCAGAAGAUUGAAUAUGAGGCAAUAUACACAGAUUCUCGUACAGUGAUUCCUACUCUAUCAAUGGAUCAGGGUAAUGUUGCUUACACCGUUCUUGCUCCGAUGGGGUAUGUGUCGGGUUUCUAUUCCUCUCUGGAGAUUGACAUCAUCUGGUACAUUGAAGCAGAGUCUCAUAUGAAGGUCCUCUUCAUUGUCGAUGAUUUCACCAAGAGCAAUAAUGAUGACACAAGUUCUUUGGCGAUCUACGAUGGUUUAACCUCGGAGGACCCUCCCCUGUAUGUAGCACCAGUAGCUCCUAGAAACCACCAAAUUAUAUCUACACAGGAAUAUCUCUAUGUGAGAUGGAAAGGUCGAACAGCUGUAGAGUCGUCCUUUGAAGCAUAUUUCACAUUCUUCAUUCAAGCAGGUGGUGGUAUGCAGUGUCCUGGGGAUCACUUUACUUGUGGUAAUGAUCGUUGUAUAUCACAAGGGUUGACCUGCAAUAUGAGAGACAAUUGUGGUGACAACUCGGAUGAAGAUUCUACUACAGUUUGUUUGGCCACAAAGCCGCCCCCUCCUUGUCGACCUUCACCGUGCCUUCAUGGAGGCACUUGUUUAAAGUUUGGCUCUGGCUUUGUAUGCCUUUGCUCUACAAGGUAUGGUGGUGACCUCUGUGAAAUUGAUAAGAGUAAGUCUUACAUUGAUGAUUGGCUGAAUCUACAUCUUGGUCCCGGUGUCACUAAUUUGAUUGCUCACAAAAUGGUGCAGUGUUGACGUUGAUUAACUCACAUUCAUGAUGAAUGUUUUCAUUGCUUUGAUGUGUUGUUUGUGCAAAAAAAAACUGCAUCUUGCUUUUGUUUUAUAGCACUUUCUGCCUUUAUUUUCUUUUAUUUUUAGUAUUCUUUAUAUUGCCACAAACAGGAAUGUGGGCAAUAUUUUAAAGUCAUGGCCUAAUUCUAUGGUUUAACAAGUGGUAAUCAAUGCAUGUUCAUGUAAAUAUUUGGUAAUACAAUGCUUUGGUGAAAGGAAAUUAAAAGGCUGGCGUUGAAGGUAUAUGAAAGAAUUGUGAUCAUUUUCUAUAAUCAUUAAUAUAAAUUGAAAAUGGAAUUCAGUACACAUAGAUUAGUGUAAAUGUAACCAAAAUUUGGUGAUUUUUGCCACUCUUUUAUAAAACUUUAGUGGUUUAGACCAAGUUUAGGUUACAUGCUUUUGAAGAAUACUCCUUAAGAUAAUCAUAAUGAUGAUAAUGAUAGAUGAGAUUUGUAAUGUGCCAAAUCCACUUGGCAGAGUGCCCAA